CAGGAGGAAAGGCCGCCGAGCAGCGCGCCCGCCCGGCCCGUCCCCGCCGCCCUGCCCCAUGCCCCAGCGGCGCUGAACCUCCCGCAGCGCGAACAUGGCCACCACGGCAACGUGCACCCGCUUCACCGACGAGUACCAGCUCUACGAGGAGCUUGGCAAGGGAGCCUUCUCUGUGGUCCGCAGAUGUGUAAAGAAAAAUUCUUCACAGGAAUAUGCUGCAAAAAUCAUCAAUACCAAAAAACUGUCAGCAAGAGAUCACCAGAAACUGGAACGUGAAGCUCGAAUUUGCCGACUUCUGAAGCAUCCAAAUAUUGUGCGACUCCAUGACAGCAUUUCAGAAGAAGGUUUCCAUUACCUUGUCUUUGAUCUGGUUACUGGUGGGGAGCUCUUUGAGGAUAUUGUUGCUAGAGAAUACUACAGUGAAGCAGAUGCCAGCCACUGUAUUCAUCAGAUACUGGAGAGUGUGAAUCACAUUCACCAGCAUGAUAUCGUGCACAGGGACUUGAAGCCUGAGAAUUUACUACUGGCAAGUAAAUGUAAGGGUGCUGCUGUCAAACUGGCUGACUUCGGACUGGCUAUAGAAGUCCAGGGAGAGCAGCAGGCCUGGUUUGGGUUUGCUGGUACUCCAGGCUACCUCUCCCCUGAAGUCUUAAGAAAAGAUCCUUAUGGAAAACCAGUGGAUAUAUGGGCAUGUGGAGUGAUUCUGUACAUAUUACUAGUGGGGUACCCUCCCUUUUGGGAUGAAGAUCAGCACAAACUCUAUCAGCAGAUCAAAGCCGGAGCCUAUGACUUCCCAUCACCUGAGUGGGACACUGUGACUCCUGAAGCCAAGAAUUUGAUCAACCAGAUGCUGACGAUAAACCCAGCAAAGCGCAUCACAGCUGACCAGGCUCUCAAACAUCCAUGGGUCUGCCAACGAUCCACUGUCGCAUCGAUGAUGCACAGGCAGGAGACUGUGGAAUGCUUGAGAAAGUUCAAUGCUAGAAGAAAGCUAAAGGGUGCAAUCCUCACAACAAUGCUUGUGUCUCGGAAUUUUUCAGCUGCCAAAAGCCUGCUGAACAAGAAGUCAGAUGGAGUGAAGAAAAGGAAGUCGAGCUCCAGUGUGCAUUUGAUGCCACAGAGCAACAACAAAACCAGUAUAGUAAGCACUGCAAAAGAAACACCCCCAGUGCAGACGUCCAUGGAGCCUCAAACAACUGUUGUCCAUAAUGCUACAGAUGGCAUAAAGGGUUCCACAGAGAGCUGUAACACCACAACUGAAGAUGAGGAUCUGAAAGUGCGUAAGCAAGAGAUCAUUAAGAUAACAGAGCAGCUGAUAGAGGCCAUCAACAACGGAGAUUUUGAGGCUUAUACAAAAAUCUGUGAUCCUGGCUUGACCUCAUUUGAACCUGAAGCACUGGGGAACCUGGUUGAAGGAAUGGAUUUCCAUAAGUUUUACUUUGAAAACUUGCUGUCGAAGAACAGCAAGCCAAUACACACGACCAUCCUGAACCCCCACGUCCACGUGAUCGGGGAGGACGCUGCCUGCAUCGCGUACAUCCGCCUGACGCAGUACAUCGACGGCCAGGGCCGGCCCCGCACCACACAGUCUGAAGAGACCCGUGUCUGGCACCGCCGAGACGGCAAGUGGCUAAAUGUCCACUACCACUGCUCUGGAGCUCCUGCAGCACCUCUCCAGUGAGGAUCAGAUAUGGCAACUUGUGGAGAUACUCAGCUGGAGGGCAAUAUCUUCUUAGCAAGCAGCUCUGGAGUGCCUGAGUGACAGCAACGGUCAUGUCUGUUUUGACAUUAAAAAAAUAAAUACAAAUUACAAACAGGCAGCAGCCAAAUGCACGAAACCCUGCAUGCAUCUGAUGCUCCGGGCGCUGCCUUUCUGUUGUUUUCCAUGGAUCCAUCGUGUCUGUUUCUGCUGUACGAAGGUGUUUUAAAUCUAAAAAAAAAAAAAAGACAUGUUGUUUGUAUAAAUAAUAAAAAAACAGGAAUAAUGCUAAAUAAAUGACAGAUUAUCCAACAUGCCCCUUCCCCCAGGGCUAAGAAAAUGGCAGCAACCGGAACAUCUUUCAGAAAUGAAGUGAGGGGGAAAGCAAAAGUGAAGGAGAGAGGAAGAGAGAGGGAGAGCAAAAAAGGAGGCAGCUUGAGCAGCGGAUGGCUGAACUGUGCUCCGCAAACCACGGUGGAAGUUAACACCGCAUUCGGGCUGUGCUGCAACCUCAGCCGUGAGAGGUGGCGAGGAGACCCCAGAGGAGCCAGUGUGAAGACUGGGGUUCAAGAGAGAGGAGGCACUUCUCUUCCUGUUGCCCGGCAGUCUGACUUCAGCCUGUCUUAGAUUUCUGCACAGCAAGAACGCUAUGGAAAGCUGGUUGCUCGGCGCUGGAUCCCAAAACAGACUUUUUUUUUCCUUUUUUUUUUUUUUCUUUUAUUUUUUUUUAAGAAAUAAAACAAAAUGGGAUGUUGAUUUAAAACUAAAGAUGGAAGUAGGGAUUAAAAAAUGGGUUUAAGUGAAUAUAACUUGAAUAGAAGUUCGCUCCUUAGUGAUCCUGGUUUUAAAAACAGCCAAACAUGGAGUUUUGAAGCCAGCUUAUUUAAUUUAACAAAACAAAACAAAAAAGCAUUGCGUUAAGGGCAGAGAUUUUAGAGGAAGAGGGUACACGUAUGGGAUUUUCUAUUAUUUUUUCCUUUCUAGUAGCGUAGUUGGGAUCCACAGUGCUGCAGAACACGUGUUCCUUAGGAAGCAGACAAAAAACUUAGUGUUAUGUUCUUCAUGAAAACUUGCACAUACACUCCUAUAUGAGGCAUAAAUAGCGUGUGUUUUUUAUACUGAAAUAUAUGCACCCAUAGAAUUGAAGGGGUUACCUGGCCUCCUGUUUGAUUUGUUUGGUCUCCGAGUAAAAUAGCAGUGGGAGCCAGUGGCCCCAGCCAGGUGCUUCUCCCCACCACUAACCCAUCUGAUGUUUGUAAGUGUCAUGUUUCCUAGUGUUUAUUUGGGUAAUUUUUCUAUUUUUUACAGUGAUGUUGUAACAGAAAACUGUCAGAUCAGAACCUCAAAAGCUGUAGCUGAAGGACUCUAGGCCACCUCCCUGUGUUACCUCUGGGUGUUAGAGAAUACCUCAUGAAACAGAGGGGAAAGGGAAUGAGCACAUGUGAUCUGAUGUUUGUCCUUUGGGCCAAUUCAUCUUCCUUUCUUUUCUUUGCUGCAAAAGGAUUUCAGUUCCUUUAUUCAUCGGGUGGGGAAUGUGUGUUUAGUUGACCUUACCAAGGAGGGAGCCUAGCCCCAGGAAGAAAUGGCCUUUCUGGCAGACCUGAUGGGAUUUGUCUUGACCAAGGGAAGGCAUCACUUGCAGAAGUUGGGAUGAGCUUUUACCUGCAUUUGUCUACCCCUAAUCAGGUUUUUGGAUCUUUAGAGGGAGUUAAAACGAUUGCCUUGACAGCAUCGGCAACCUUUUUGCAGACUACGGAAAAGAAGACAAUUUGGAAUUUUAAUCCUUAUUCGACAAAAUGCAGAAAAUAAAAGCUGUUGCACAAAGCGGAGCUGUCAAUUUGCAACAGAUAGCACUCUGCUCUCUUUGUUAGAGAGGUGUAUCCCAUACCAGGAUUAGAUGAGCCAACCCCUGAUGAAGGAAAAGACCAUCCACACUUUCCAGGUUGGUUUAAGCAAACACCCUUUAUUCCUCCCUCCACUAUCCCAGGGAGGAGUGCAGGGACUGAACUCGUGGGGGGCAAACACUAGAUUUUAUUAUUUCAAAACAUUCUUAAAAACAGCACUAAGCCAGUGAGUGAAGUGGAAAAGUGAAAAGCCUUGAUAUUUUAAUCAGACUUUUUUUAAGCCACAGAGAGCAAACAGAUUACAAUUAUGCCAUUUAAAAAAAGAUAAAUACAAAACAUUAUGCAUGCCUUCUUUUGGUCUGAUCUUCCUUGUCUCUACCUGAUGAUUAUAAUUAAAAAAAGAGAACCCUCUGUAUUAAGUAUAUGCAUCUUUCAGAGAAAAUUUUAAAAGAACAGAACUGUUGGUUUUUUGUUUUUGCACAGUCUUGGAGACAAAUUCUUUCGGAUUUUUUUCGUUUGUUUUGUUUCCUUUUAAGUUAAUGAGAACCUUAGCUUGGUAUGGCCAUUAUCAAACACAGCUGUACACCUUUAGCAUUCUUAAUGUUCUCUUAUGGGGCUAAUGUAAGCAUCUAUAUAAUAUAUAUAAAUAUCACAUUUUAAACAGGAAAUGGAAGGCAUUUGAUGCAGAAUUUUUGCAUGAUAUAGAAAUAAUUAAAGUUAGCUAGUGUUUGUUUGUUUGGUCUGAAUGUUGGUAGAACCUUCAUAGCUUUGUUACAAUGAAACCUUGAACUGAAGAUAUUUAAUAAAUAACAUUUAAACAGUGUAAA